AUGUCAAUAAAAAAAGAAGAAAAUGAACCAAUGCAUUUACGAUGGUCUAUUGAAGAUAUCGUAACUUUUGCAAAACGUUAUGCUAUUACUCAUGGUCUUCUUUGUCUUGUUCCUGAUAAUUUAGAUCAAGCAACUAUUGUUCCAUUUUCUCUAUUUCCAAGUCCUUAUUCUUAUUCACAUUUUAAAUUUAUUUGGUCAAUUCAAACAGCUUAUAAUCGUCUGUAUAAUCGUGUAUCUCUUGAUGAUGAACUUCUUGAAAAAGCACUAUCACCAGUUAUUCCAUUCGAUGAUUUUGUUCAACGUCUUUGGAAUAUUCAUCGUACUUGUACAAGACGACAACCUAUUCAAUUAGAUAUUUAUCGAAAUGAUUAUAUGCUCGAUACAAAAGUUAAUA